AGAGCAGCAGUCUGCUAUAUCUGUGAUCUACAAUGAAUGCCAAAUCUGCAAUCAGCAAAGAAAUUUUUGCCCCACAUGAUGAAAGGAUGCUGGGAGCUGUCCAAGUGAAAAGAAGAACAAAAAAAAAGAUUCCUUUCCUAGCUACUGGGGGUCAGGGUGAAUAUUUAACAUACAUCUGCCUGUCAGUGACGAACAAGAAACCAGCUCAAGCAUCUAUUACGAAGGUGAAGCAAUUUGAAGGCUCUACGUCUUUUGUCAGGAGAACGCAGUGGAUGCUCGAGCAGCUUCGCCAGGUCAAUGGUAUAGACCCUAAUCGGGAUUCCCCAGAAUUUGAUUUACUAUUUGAAAAUGCUUUUGACCAAUGGGUAGCAAGCACAGCUUCAGAAAAAUGCACAUUCUUUCAGGUUCUACAUCACACUUGUCAGCGAUACCUUACAGACAAGAAGCCAGAAUUUAUCAACUGCCAGUCUAAAAUUAUGGGAGGAAACAGCAUACUCCAUUCAGCAGCAGACAGUGUGACAAGUGCAGUACAGAAGGCAAGUCAGGCUUUGAACGAGCGUGGUGAAAGGCUAGGUCGAGCAGAAGAAAAGACAGAGGAGCUGAAAAACAGUGCUCAGCAGUUUGCAGAAACUGCACACAAGCUUGCCAUGAAGCACAAAUGCUGAAAUACUGCCCAAAGUGGAAAUCUUCCCGAGAGAAACUGAAAAGGCUACUUCAGCAACUUUUACAGGAGAUCCAGACUUCCGUGUGCUUUUUUCUUCCAGUUCAGUGGGGAUGCAUUCUUUCAGUUUCUGUGCAGGAAAAAGUGUUGCAUUUCUACCUUUUUGACUUACUUUUGUUCCUCUUUUGUAAUAUUGCUACACAGUCCUGCAGUACUUUCUACCUGCAUUUCAGUUGUUAGAGGGGUGAAAGCAAACAGGGGAACUGGACCAAAUGACAAGCUGAUCAGGAUUAAAAUAGUAAUAGUCUUACCCAGUUGUACAGAAAAUUAUUUAACUGGUUGUGGACAUAUGUGUGGAAAUAAAAUCCAAAGAAGGGGUAUACUUUUCUUCAUUUUAUGUAGCAUCAGCAGAAUGUGAAUGUUGGAAUUAAACACCUGGGUUGUAACUAUAGUGGAGAAUAGACUACUUUGUCCUGGGAAACAGAAAAACUCGUUUCUUCCACCCAGUGUAGGAAGUUUUGCAUGUGCUAUCACCAGCAUUUAGAAGUGCAUAUCUGAAUUUCAUAGGGAAAUCUGUUACCAGUGCUGCAUUUUGAAUAUUCCUAUUUUCCCUUCUGGAUUGGUUAUUUGAAUCGUAUAAUGAAACCUACAGAAUGUAUGCUUGAGGUUUCAAAAUUGAGGAAAAAAGUGAUUUUUACAUCUAUACACACAUCACUGUGCCUCAAACACAGUCUAGAAUUUACAAUCUGGUAUAAAAUAACAUUUCAUUUUCUUUUUACCUGUGAUUCUGUGGCUAAAGACCUAUGUAAAUGAGAAUGCAAAGGCCUGGGAAAAUGAGAAUGUACUAUUUUCCAAGUCAUCUGUUUUUCAUAAAUUCUACAGUAAGAAUUUUUGGGAACACUUCAGAAAUUUGUCUGAUUUAGAAUGACUUUUGUGUUAGCUAGUUGUCUGAUUUUUUUAAAUAGAGGCUUUCAAAAAGCAUGUCUUGGUACAUUAGAAUCAUAACUUCUAGUUUGGGUCUCAAUUUUCAAUAUAUGUUAUCGCUGGAAGGGUGACUCCCUACUUCAUUCUGUAUUCACUAUAUGCAAUAUAUGCACUGUAUUCUCUUACAAAAAUAAGUAGGUUACUCUUUUCCUUCACAGCUGUUUUCUUAAUGUUUUUAAGAUGUU